CCACAUGCCAGAUGGUACCUAUCACAGUUGCAUCUGCGUGGGUGUGACUGCAAGAAAUGGCUCUUGUUCUGAAGGUCUCCUUGUGUUCCACUUCUAAGCCACAUCUUUCUCUCUCAAACUCCAAUUUCAAACCCACUACUCUUUUUCAUCUUCCUCUUCUGGGAUUCAACGCAAAGCAAACUCGCCAACCAUCUCAGAAACUCGCAUUUCCAUUGGGUGAGUCUGUGUCUGGUGCCACCCUCGUGGCUCUCCUCUCUGCCUCUUUCAUCUUUGUUGAUCCCGCACUUGCAUUCAAGGGUGGAGGUCCAUACGGGCAAGAAGUGACACGGGGACAAGAUCUCACUGGGAAGGACUUCAGUGGCAAGACUCUGAUCAAACAAGACUUCAAAACGUCCAUACUGAGACAAGCCAAUUUUAAAGGUGCAAAGUUAAUAGGUGCUAGCUUCUUUGAUGCUGAUUUAACAGGUGCUGAUCUUUCGGAUGCUGAUCUUCGAAAUGCUGAUUUUUCCCUGGCUAAUGUGACGAAGGCAAACUUAAGCAAUGCUAACUUGGAAGGUGCACUUGCAACAGGAAAUACUUCUUUUAAGGGAUCAAUUAUUACAGGUGCUGACUUCACGGAUGUACCACUAAGAGAAGAUCAACGUGAAUACCUCUGCAAAGUUGCUGAUGGAGUGAACCCAACAACUGGAAAUGCUACGCGUGAUACAUUGUUCUGCAAUUAGUAUUCCAUUGCUGACAUUGCUGAAGAAGACUCACUCCAAGACCUUCAAAAUAUAUGCACUAAAUAUUUGUAUCUCCAUUAUCCUCUGUGCGGUCUGUGAAGUUGUCAGCUUGGCAUGUUGUUGGAAUCUUGUAAUACAAAGCAACAAAAUCUAGACUAUUCCAAAUUUCCAUUCACCAUACAAUUGACAAUAAGAUUGUGAUGUAACGCUCUUAACCAUACCUAUUUGUUUCA